UAGUGUUGCGUCCUCUUUCUCAGAGAAGAUAGUUCGCCUCCUCCGUAGCACCAAUGUUUGAGUACCGUUGCAGCUCCGUCGAUUGGAAGCCAUCUCCGGUGGUAGCCCUUUCUACCAGUCCCGACGGCUCUCAGGUCGCCGCAGCUCGUGAAGACGGUUCUCUUGAGCUCUGGCUCGUCUCCCCUGGUGCUGUCUCUUGGCACUGUCAACUCAUCAUCCAUGGAGAUCCAAAAUCGAGAAUCUCCUACCUUGCCUGGCUUGGUUCUGGCUCUAAAGAUUUGAAUUCCGCUAGAUUGUUUUCUUCGAGUAUCGAUGGAACAAUUUCAGAGUGGGAUCUCUUUGACCUGAAGCAGAAGGUCGUCCUAGAGUCAAUUGGAGUAUCAAUCUGGCAAAUGGCUGUGACACCUCCCUCCACUGAAACAGAAGGCAAAGAAACUGAGCUGAUUCAGAAUAGAUACUUGAGUGAGAAAUCAGAUGACGAGGAAGAAAGUGGAAUUGAAGAUGAUUCAGAGUUGGAUGAGCUUGACGAGAAAUCAGAGGCCCUGGAUAGGCAUCUUGCUGUUGCCUGUGAUGAUGGCUGCGUGAGGAUAUAUUAUAUCUCUGAAUCAGACAAGUUAACAUACUAUAGAUCGUUGCCUAGAGUCAGUGGCCGUGCUCUAAGUGUGACAUGGAGUUUGGACGCUCACAGAAUCUUUUCAGGCAGUAGUGAUGGGCUGAUCAGAUGCUGGGAUGUUAAUCUCUGCCAUGAGGUAUAUAGAAUUACAGUUGGACUUGGAGGACUUGGAAAUGGGUCUGAGCUCUGCAUUUGGUCACUUCUUUCACUGAGAUGUGGAGUUCUUGUCAGCGGAGAUAGUACAGGAAGUGUCCAGUUUUGGGAUAGCCAGCGUGGAACCCUUUUACAGGCGCAUUCUAAUCACAAGGGUGAUGUCAAUGCUCUUGCAGCAGCCCCAAGUCAUAACCGUGUGUUUUCUGCAGGUGCCGAUGGACAGGUUAUCCUAUAUACGCUCGCUGGUGGUACACUCAAUUCAAAAGAUUUGAAACCUUCUUCCACUCAUAAGUGGGAUUAUAUCGGUUGUGUAAGGGCUCAUACGCAUGACAUCAGAGCUCUAACUGUGGCAAUGCCAAUAAGUUCAGAAGGUUCCCUUCCAGACAGUAAUACAAAAGGAAAAAGUCCUAAACAGCGGAGAAAGGAGAAGCCGGUUGGUUUUAGUUACCAUAAAUGGGCACAUAUGGGGGUUCCAAUGCUCAUUUCAGCUGGUGAUGAUGCAAAGCUUUUUGCAUACUCAGUUCAAGAGUUCACUAAGUUCCCUCCACAUGAUAUAUGUCCUGCGCCUCAGAGAGUACCUAUGCAGAUGGUACAUAAUACAAUGUUCAAUCAGACUUCUCUUCUCUUGGUUCAGGAUUCUUGUUCUUUAGAUAUUCUUCGUAUUCACAUAAGCAGUGAUUCUAGUGGGCGUGUCUCCACCAAGCCAUUGGUUCGUGUUAAAAGUAAAGAUGCCCGGAAGAUCAUAUGCAGUGCAAUUUCUAACACAGGGUCACUUUUUGCUUAUUCUGACCAAAUUCGCCCAAGUCUAUUUGAGUUGAAAAAUAAUAAGCAUGGAAAGAAUCCAUGGAGUGCAGAUAGAAAGCGACUUCCCAAUCUUCCAUUUGCUCACUCAAUGGUCUUCAGCUGUGACUGCUCUCGGUUGAUAAUAGCUGGGCAAGAUAGAAGGAUAUAUACUGUUGACAGUAAUAGCAUGGAGUUAUUGCAUACUUUUACUCCACGUCAGGAGGGGCUGGAAGGUGAAUUUCCUCCUCGCGAGCCUCCGGUUACAAAACUGUAUACUAGCUCAAAUGAUCAUUGGCUAGCUGCUAUCAAUUGCUUUGGGGACAUAUAUGUGUUCAAUCUAGAAACACAGAGGCAGCAUUGGUUCAUAUCAAGGUUUGAUGGUGCAUCUGUUGCAGCCGCUGGUUUUCAUCCCAGGGACAACAACAUUCUUGUGAUCUCAACCUCUUCAAACCAGGUCUUUGCAUUGGACGUGGAAGCUAGACAGUUGGGCGAGUGGUCAUUGCUGCACACUAUUUGUUUGCCAAAGAGAUACCAAGAGUUUCCUGGUGAAGUCGUAGGGCUCUCAUUCUCUCCAUCACUAAGUUCAUCAUCUGUAAUCAUUUACAGCUCCAGAGCAAAGUGUUUGAUUGAAUUUGGGAAGCCGAGGAAACAAGACGAAGAGAUGGAUUUGUCAUGCGGCAACCUCUCUGAAAAAGUAGAAGGUAGAAUUGCUAACAUUGGUUUGAAGAAACUGGGGAAUGGGACCCGGAAACGUAGGUUAGAGGAGUAUCAAAAAGAGAGCAAGAGUAAUGAGAGCGAGAAGUUUGAAAUGGUAACCUCAAAGCACCCGGUUCUAUAUCUAAGACAUCUAUCGAAAAGUGCAAUCUUGGUGGUAGAGAAACCAUGGAUGGAAGUUAUCAAGAGUUUAGAUACACAACCAGUUCACAGACAUAUAUUUGGGACAUAAGGAAGGAGAGAGAGAGAGAGAGAGAGAGAGAGAGAGAGAGAGAGGAAGCUCUUCUCUGAAGAAAGUUUCCCUUUUCAUUUUUGAGGCCCUGACAUAGUAGGUUGAAUGAAGUGUUUAA